AUGACGGAGCAGGCGGCGCGGCAACUGCCUCUGCGGCAGGCGGGGCGGAGCACGCUCUGCCACGACCGCGGCUACCUGGUGACGCAGGACGAGCUGGACCAGACGCUGGACGAGUUCAAGGCGCAGUUCGGGGACAAGCCGAGCGAGGGCCGCCCGCGGCGCACGGACCUCACGGUGCUCGUGGCUCACAACGACGACCCCACCGACCAGAUGUUCGUGUUCUUCCCCGAGGAGCCCAAGGUUGGAAUAAAGACAAUCAAGAUGUACUGCCAGAGGAUGCAGGAGGAGAACAUCACGAGGGCGCUCAUUGUGGUGCAGCAAGGCAUGACUCCUUCGGCAAAGCAGUCCCUGGUAGACAUGGCUCCCAAGUACAUCCUGGAGCAGUUCCUCCAGCAAGAGCUCUUGAUCAACAUCACGGAGCACGAGCUGGUUCCAGAGCAUGUGGUCAUGACCAAGGAAGAAGUGACUGAGUUGCUAGCCCGAUACAAACUGAGAGAGAACCAGCUGCCCAGGAUACAGGCUGGGGAUCCUGUGGCCAGGUACUUCGGGAUAAAGCGAGGGCAGGUAGUGAAGAUCAUAAGGCCUAGUGAGACCGCGGGCCGCUACAUCACCUACAGACUGGUGCAGUAACGCGGAGCGCCCAGAUGUGGAGGAUUCUGUUGUCUCCUGAUCUUCCCACCAAUCUACAGGCCCUCUGGGAUGUCUGCUGUUUUCUAAAAAUGACUGAAAAGAUGCUGCGUUGCCUCGCUACAUCCGUGUUCUAUGGCCUGCAACUCCUCAUUUUCCAGUAUAGAUUUUGCUGCAAGUCUGCUAUGAGGACUAAUGCCAUGAAGCUAAUGUUAAGAAACUGCAGCGUGCAGGGAGGAAGUGAGAGGAAAGAAGGCCUUUGCUUUCCUGUUUUAA